AUGAGGAUAUCUGAAGAUUAUGGACAAUCGGCGUUGUUUAGUUUUUCGAUAAAGAAUGCGCGGGGGUUGCCGGUCAUGAAUAAGUCAGUAGCUAGUACAGAUGCAUUUGUUGCGAUACGUUUUGGAGAGGAUGUAUGGAAAAGUGGAGUUGUGCGAAGUCUGGAUCCGAUUUGGGAUGAACAAACAUGUGUAUUUGAAGCGACAGAAUUAUUACAUGGGGCUACUCCACCAGAUAUUAGAGUAAUGGACCACGAUACCUACAGCUCUAAUGACGCAAUUGGUCGCGUGUAUUUGAAUCAUAUUUCUAUUUAUGAGAAAAUGCUGGCUGAUGGGAUCCCUGAAAAAAGCUUUUCAUUUUGUUUACCGAUCUACGAUACAUUACUUGGCAUUAGAGGCGAACUUUUAUUCGAGUUACACGUGACUAUUUUGGAUCGUGGUUCGAAACGAUUAGCCCUACUAUCAGGCGAAUACAUUCCCGAGGAUAAUGAAGCGGAGGAAGUAUUGGGAUUGGUCCAUCAUUUAGCGGUUGAAAAAGAUCCGGAACAUGCCUGGUUGGACCGGAUCAGGACUCCUAGAGCAACAAAUGAGGCUCGGAUGCUUGCUAUUAGACGCAGUUUUGGAGAAGCCACUCGAUCGUUAAUAACCGAAGCUAAGAAAUUAGGAGCUUCCCAUGUACUCAAUUUUAAAGAGCAGUUAGACUUGGAGGGUGAUGGUUCGAAUCUGCUGUGUGCUCGUGUAUCCGGAACAGCAGUACGGCUAAAACCAAAAGGAGGUUUUAAAUUAAAGCAGUUCGAAAAAAUUCGACUACCAAUCUGCUCUAUGCAAUCGAUGCCAUCUGUAUCAAGCGGUUGUGGUGGCAUUAUUAUGUCACGGCGGAUUUGCUUGCUCGAAAAUGAGGAUGAAAGUGAUGGAUAUCGUCGAAAGAUCUGGCAAGAACUACGGUACGAACUAUUCCGAAAUGCCAGAAGACGUGGCUGCGAUUUGAUUAUUGGUUACACGGAAACCCUGACAACUUAUGAUAGGGUUGCCAUUUUUGCAUGUAUGGGUACAGCUAUUUGCCGAGCUAACAACGAGCAACAGUUAGCUGCUGAACAAAUUCCAAGCCUCAGGAAUUCGCCACGAAACGCUCAUCGAGGUUCGGCUUUUCCCGCUUCUCCUAACGAUCAACCCUCUAUCAAUUGCUCACCAUAUCAUUUACCACCGCUCAAAGAUGCUAAUGAAUUAAAUAUAAAAAGUACGAUGUGUAACUCCUGCCGAAAAUACCAGUGCCUUGAUUUUUUGAUAUCUACCUUGGCCGUUCCAGCCCCGCCUCUUGUAGCUUCAACAAAAAACUAUGUACAGAUUUCUAUAAUGAAACGACUACGAAAACACGAUGACCCAGAAGAUCUCGCUGAGGAAUUAUCUUUAAUUCUUCGCACGAUCGAUGUUGAUAUACACCAUGCGUUGGUCACUGAAGCUCGGGCUGUAAAUCCACAGGGAAAUGCAUUAUUCGAAGUACGGGUGGCGAUGAAGAUUUCUCAGGAUAGCUUAAUAAUUGUAUUAACAGGGAUAUUGGUACGGCUGUAUGUUUUGCAGAAAGAAGAAUCCUCCCUUCACCCCUUAAGCGCCAUGUUGGCUUUUUCAGCAUUCAGAUCCGGUGACCCCAGGCGCUUCUCCUGGGGUUCAGUACGCGAUGCCAUUCGCGGAAAAUCAAUCCAAACCCCUAGCCUACGAAUGAGAAUUAUGAACGUACGUCCAAUGGGUCACGAUUCCCCCGGAAUUGGCGAGGAAGUUGAGAAUCGGCCUCGAAAACGGCUGCCAUCAUUCCUGGAUCGUCUUCGUAAGCAGCAGACCGAGAAGGGCUUCCUAAUCCAGCUGGCUGCAGAGCGAGAGAUUUGCGUAAAUAUCGGGUUAAUAGAUGGGACAAGUAUCUCGAAUAUGCAAUCGAUUGCGGGGCUCCAUGUCGUAAACCCAAUUCAUUCGCUGAUAUUUGGCCGUGAAUUUUCGGGGGUUGGGAAGCGAUUGGUGCAUUGGAGUGAUAUUUUUAUUAGAGAAGAUACAAAUCCUCCAACCGAAGCAAUCGAGAUUGACCGCUUCGUUUCGGGAUCUAUUGAAGAUUCAAUCUCAGCUGCAAGAGCUAUUUGUUUGGGAAGCGGCGGUCUAGGAAUGGCAUCAUUGAGUAUCAUUUCCUUCAACCUCGUCGUCAGCAAGGAUCAAAUAUCUACCACCUUCAUCCUUUCGUGCGAUUUUGUGUAUGAAAAA